UUGAUGACAUUAGCUGACAAAGGUGCAGGUGGCAAAAUACUGUGGUUGAUUGUUCAGUCGAUAUUAUUUUACGUUGUUCAAAGUUGUUUUGUGAAUUCAACUACUAAAUCGCUUUUUCUAGUUGUGAACAAAGGUUAUAAACAAAAUCAUUAUGGGAGGAAAGCGAACAAAAAAUAACACGAAGCCUUCAAGUAGUGGUCGCAGUGCAGAGAUGCUCGGUAGUACUGUGCCUACUCUAUUUGGAUUUACCACCUUGGAUAGCAGCAAAAUGCCGGUUGUUCCAAGUUUCGUUCAAAUUGAGACUCAUGGCGAGGAAGUUGAUCCAAAUCUAGACGACAACUUUCAGAUAGUGUUGAAAAAAAUGCUCAAGAAAGAUCCGGUAACUAAAACGAAAGCAUUGCAGGAGUUCAGCGAGUUGAUAAGCAAGUCGGAAUUAGACUUAGUCAAAGCAGUUCUUCCAUUUUGGCCUCGACUCUAUUCAAAUCUAUCGACCGAUGUAGAACACCGUGUGCGGGAAACUGCCCAGCAAGCUCAGGCGGCAGUUGUAGCCAAGGCUGGAAAAAAUAUUGCACCAUAUCUAAAACAGUUGGCCCCAGCGUGGAUUUCGGCUCAAUAUGAUACGUACGCUCCAGCUGCCAGUAUUGCCGGCCAGUCGUUUAGCAGUGCGUUUCCGCCGAGUAAACUACGAGAGGUGUUCGUGUUUUGUGAGAGUGAAAUACUAGACUAUUAUACGAAGAAUUUAACAAUUCACACCGCGAUCACCCUUAGCAAUUCGAAGUCGCACUCACCAGAAGAAUGUGAAAAUAAGUAUCAACGCGUUCUGAUAUCUAGUUUACGAGGGUACGCACUGUACAUCAGUAAAAUGCCAGAGGAACAGCUGCAAAAAUCAGCUUCUAAGAAUGCACUACUGUUGAACAAUGCCAAAUUCUGGUCCUACCAUAAAAAUAAAACUCCAGCUAUUCGAUCUGCCUGGUUCGAGGUGAUUUCGUCAUUACUUCAACACGCACCGUUUUUAGUAGAACAGCACCAGCAGCAGAUUACUGCUAACGUGUUCCAGUUUAUGGAUGAAACUGAUCCAACUGUUGUGUCUCAUGUAUGGAGCUCGAUCGUUUUGGUACAAACCAAAAUUCCCGAAUGGCAUCGCUUUUUAAACUUUGAUAAAGCGGUGUUUCCAAAAUUGUGGAAAGUGUUGAAGACGGGUGCAAACGGGAAUGCUGCUUGCGUGUUUCCUCAUAUGCUUCCAUUGGUGUCCAAAUUUAGUCGUGAAGUAAUGGGAGAUAAAGCCGACAAGUUUCAAGCAUUAUUCUUUGAAAGUAUGAAUGAAGGAUUACGGGCAGUGCACGCUAGUAGGACAGACAUUUCGGCCGUUUCACAAGCUUACUAUGAAGUGUUCCAAUAUAUCGUAAUGCAAACUGUAAAGAAUACUGAUUUGCAAAAAGAUCAUGUGCAGCGAUUUUGUGAUACGAUGCUAGAGGAACACCUUGUUAAAGUAAUACAAUGGUGUGUCACAACAGAAUCGUCUAGUGGCAGAUUCAUUUUUGGCAAUAUAGCGUCGCUUUUGGAUUACUGGUGUCAAUAUAGCUCAGUUGUACCAAUAUACGAACAUCUUUUGGCUCAAUUCUGGAGUAGAUUGUACGAAGUAAUUGAGCAGAGUGUAAGUUCCGCAGCAGAUGUAGAACAGAUCACCUAUUCGCACGUCGAACUUAUCCAAAAUUUAAGACGAACUUCGCAUAAGCGCGUUAAUUUCAGUGGCACUGAUAUGGUUGACCACUCUUCAAGUGAAGAUCGUGAAAGUAAAAGCAAUGAAAAGGAACAUGCACAUCGUUUCGAACAACAGUUGCGAACUUUAGUUUUCAAAAUAUGCCGUCUGUACAUGGAACGCAUCCAGAGCUGUCGAGAUCCGGCGUAUAUUUUGCAGCUAGAAAAUUUAAUUCGACAAUUUCAAAGUAGUGAACUGUUUGAAUUUCUUGCGGGCUCUGAUUUUGAAAGAACGCAUGUUUUUCAUUUCCUAUUUGAAAUAUUUGCGGUAAACUGGCUAAAUGAUAAACGACUCGAAUCGGAGUAUAUCGUAGAGAUUGUAUUAAUUUUAUACAAAUAUUUGCCGGAAGUGGAACGUGUGGCGCUGCUGAAUAGAUGGAUUAAGAUAGCGAACAAAGUUGUGCAGAGCUGGCUGAUACUGAGAGCACUGAGUCAUCCCCUCUGCCAAGAUCCACACAUCACUAAAUUUCUUACGCAGUCUGAAGUAAGCGAAAACUUAAUUCAAUGUGCCAGGGCUGUCACACAGGGCGACACCAAGGAGAACAUGAUCUUGCUUCAUAAAUGCUUCCUCAUAUCGGCCAGUGGUGACAUCUUAAUAGAUCCGGAAACCUGUCGCUGUAUUAUUGAAACAUUGGCCAGUCCGUUGAAGAACGAUGGAGAAAUUGAGUUGAAGGACACAUGCGCUAGUUUUCUGGCUCAAGUCAUGCCGGUUAUUUGCGGGGACAGCCGACAGCGUGAACUUCAGCAUCGCUUGUUCAUUAUGAUGUUUGAUUUCAGCGCAGAGAACAGUGUUAGUGAUUACCUGUCGGAAGAUACACUAUGGGAAGUGACGACUGCUUGGCAAGAUGCUUUGUCGAGUGAGGAUUUGGUCUUAGAACAGAAAUUGAUUGACGCGUGUGAAGAAAUUGUAGACAAGGAAUUGAAAGUGCUUUCCAAUUGUAACACUUGCAACCUGGAGGGAUAUGAAAAGUUGGCAGAUAUUUGUGCUAAGUUGGUAAUGUGCUCGUCAGAAUCACUGAAAAGAAAUGCCGUUGAACGAUGCAAGCAAAUUGACGUUGUGCUGGAUAAAAUAUUUAAAAGCGGCUGUAUCGAAAAAGAGCCCAAAAUGAAUCAUUUGGAGACAGUUUCCAUUUAUUUAGAACUACUGAACGGUAAUCUAGUUACGGAUUGCGGUGACUACUACGUUGACUGGUCAAUGGAUGAGUUUUUGCGCAGUUUACGGAUUCACUUCGGUAGAGAUCUUUUCUGUUUGAAUGUUGUAUUCAAACUCAGUUGCAAAUCAAAUCGAAGGCGAUCUACGGAUGGUGAUUUCAAAAUGGAUCAUGACGGCGAUGAUAAUUGCGAUAGUGAUAGCGAGGAGCUUGAAACCAAUUUUAUAAAUUGCUGGUCGGAAUUGAUUUAUGAAAAUAUAUUAUCUGUGAUACAUACGAUUGCUAUAGGCGAUACUAUUCUGUACAGCACUAAUAAUCUUGAUAAUGCAACGGAAACACUAAUAAUGAGCAUACAAGAAAAGAUGGCACAAAUGAUGAAAAGAUUACCUACGAGCAUUUCACAUUCAAUUAAAAUACGCUUGUUUUCAUUGGCUAACAAAUUUGGAUUAUUACGAGGAAAAGCGCUUAAUACACUAUUAGAAAUGGAACAAUACUCAGAUUCGGAAAACGGAGCUGUUUCAUUGUAUGAAGAUGCAUCAAGCGAAGUGAACAGUGAAAAUUUAUUGAGUUACAUAAACAUUUUACAGAUUUUGUCCUGUAAAAUACCGCCCAAAUGCCUACCUAUUCAACCUAAUCUGUUUGAAAAUCAAGACAACUUGAUUGUGAAACUGGCUGCUGCACGUAGUUUGAUCAAAAACCACUUCCGGUCAAAUUUCAAUGAGGUAGGGGAUAGAAAAAUUAUCAACAAUACAUUGACUAUUUUGGAUGAGCUGAUAGGCAGACAGAAUAAUAGCAAAUUUUUGCUCUAUAACUGUGAUCUCACUCACGUAGAAACGAGUAAAAUAUUUUUAGACACCGAAUUGGCCAACGUACUAAGCGAGGUUGUGCGACAUUUUCCAACGGAGCUUGAUCUACACAAGUGGGAUUUCAUUCGAAUUGCGCUAAGUUCGUGGACGCUAACUCUUUCGAAAAAUUAUCAUAUCUUCAGAAAGAAUAACAUUUCCGUAUUCAUACCAGCAAUAUACAAGUUGUUUAGCGCAGUAGGGAAUUUCUUUCAAGAGGAGAAACGCAAGAGUUCAACUGCUUUGCUCACUGGCGUUAUAGAAGAGUGGGACAAUGUAUUUUCCAAGGACGUCAACUUGGUUCUGUUGAAAACCUUUAUUAAUAUAGUGAAAAAUACCGAUCAAUCAAAAAUUUGCGAUGAAAAUUUUGUCGAUAUUAUUAGUGACCACAUCGACUCUAUUGAUUUGCAAUAUGUUCUACAGGCCAAUAAAGUAGAUUCGAAAAUAUCUUUGGAGGAUUUGAUAUUGUUUGCGUUGAAAAACCUCAGUCAUUGGAAUGGAAGAGUACGCAUAUCUUCUGUGGCAAUUAUAAACAAGUUAGCGUCUGGAUUGAUUGAGCGUGAUUUACAACAAUUGCAGCAACGAAACGAUUCAGCUGAACAGAAAAGUUGUAAUCUAUCAGAAGACGAUACUUGGCAUUUAUUGCAUCGAUUCAAGACAACACUUGACGAAUAUCAGCCAACACUAGCUGGGCUGAUUGCAGACUUCAAUCAUAGAAUUACUGCAUCAGAUGAAGAUAGUUCUGUAGUGCAACAGCUCGGAAAGAGUAAAACGCUGGCAUAUCUACUGUUGUGGGACUGCUUGUUGGGAAUCUGUGCCAAAUCACCAUCAGAAUUGCGAUCGAUCUAUGCCUCGUGGAUUACCAGGUAUCAGUAUGAGCAGGUACUGUUGGCAAUGCUUUUUAAGUUGAUGCCUGCUGAAAUAUUGAAAAAUCCAGAUUCUGGAGCGAUUUACGGACAGACCAUGUUUGCUACAUUGGAGUGGAAUCAAAUUAAAAGUCCGACAUUAAAACCGGAACGGUUUGCCUGUCACUUGUAUACGCAAUCUCUGCGCUUCCUACCAGCCGUGGUUCGACGUUGGUGGAACGGACUGAAUCACCGCCAUGCGACCGUGGUAGGGAAGGUUACAAGUAACUGUGUAUCGAGUUUGCUUUGCCAGGACGAGUUCCAGGCAUUAAUAGAGAAAAAGGACCGACAGGAUAAUAUGCAAAUAAAGGUUCAUGCAGCUGCUCGACAGGUCAUGGCUGUUUAUUCGAUCGAUGAGGCGAAAGUUGAGCUGCAUAUAACGUUACCGAGUAAUUUUCCGCUUGGUGCGGUGACUGUUGAAGGUGGAAGACAAAUUGGUGGCCGCUUGCAGUCUCGACAAGUGGUGAUGCAGUUGUCUAUAUUUUUAACGCAUCAGAAUGGUUCUAUCUGGGAUGGAUUGUCACUUUGGAAGCGCAACUUGGAUAGGAAGUUCGAAGGCGUAGAAGAGUGUUACGUGUGUUAUAGCGUAAUACACCAGGAUACUUGCCAAUUGCCGAAGCUCUCUUGUAAGACGUGCAAGAAAAAGUUUCACGGUCCUUGUCUGUACAGAUGGUUUAGUACGAGUAACAAGUCGACAUGUCCGAUAUGUAGAAAUAUUUUUUAGACCUUAUCGCAGAUUCCUCCUAAGUAGAUCCUAUUGUUCGCAUGUGUAUGCAAACCACGUGAAGUUGUGUUAUACAGCUUCACUAGAUUGAUCCUAUAUAUGUAUUAUCUAACCUAGGCGUCGUUGAAACACACUAAUAAGUUACGAUAGAAAUAAAACGUAUUAGAUUAAACAACUUGCUGGUUUGUAUUAAUGAUUGAUAGAAACGUUUUGUCAGAGAUAAAUUGAAACUUAAAACUUGAAUUACUAUAUUUCGCAUUAUUUUUAUUUCUCGAUGAAUUUUUAUAUGGGUUAUCACUUAGGUAUGUCGUUUUCGAUUUGCGCUAUACCUAAUGUUGCCGGAAAAGUGUAGUACGCAAACCAAAAGCCAACUCCGUCAGCACAAACGUGCUACACUGAUGAUGUAGAAUCAACGAACCUAACAAAUAAAAAAUAAUAAGAAUAAGCACAAAUAAAAACCAAAGUUUUGGUGAAAUUCGA